AAGGCAUUUCUGGAGUGUUUUAGGCCUGUCCACUUCUCUUAUUUACUGUCUAUUUGACUCCUGUUGACUCGUCUGGAAGACCCUGGCCAGCACCAUGACUGAUGAUGAGCUAUCUGCCUUGGUAGUGGAUAACGGGUCAGGGAUGUGCAAGGCAGGCUUUGGUGGUGAUGAUGCGCCCCGAGCUGUGUUUCCCUCCAUGAUAGGGCGUCCUCGACACCAGGGUGUUAUGGUAGGCAUGGGCCAGAAGGACUGCUACGUGGGAGAUGAGGCUCAGAGCAAGAGGGGCAUUCUGACCCUGAAGUAUCCUAUUGAGCAUGGAGUGGUCACCAACUGGGACGAUAUGGAGAAGAUCUGGUACCACACGUUCUACAAUGAGCUCCGUGUGGCACCAGAUGAGCAUCCCAUCCUCCUCACCGAGGCACCCCUGAACCCCAAGAUCAACCGGGAAAAGAUGACUCAGAUCAUGUUCGAGGCUUUCAACACACCAGCCAUGUAUGUGGCCAUCCAGGCUGUGUUGUCCCUCUAUGCCUCAGGACGGACCACAGGCAUCGUGAUGGAUUCUGGGGAUGGGGUCACUCACACCGUGCCCAUCUAUGAAGGCUACGCCCUGCCUCAUGCCAUUCUCCGCCUCGACCUGGCAGGCAGAGACCUGACUGAUUACCUCAUGAAGAUCCUGACAGAGCGAGGCUAUAACUUCACCACCACUGCUGAGCGGGAGAUUGUGCGAGAUGUCAAAGAGAAGCUGUGCUACGUGGCCCUGGACUUUGAGCAGGAGAUGGUCAGUUCAGUUGCAUCCUCCUCACUGGAACGGAGCUAUGAGCUUCCUGACGGGCAGGUGAUCACCAUUGGGAAUGAACGCUUCCGAUGCCCUGAAGCCAUUUUCCAGCCUUCCUUUCUGGGCAUUGAGUCCAGUGGGAUCCAUGAGACAACCUUCAACUCCAUCAUGAAGUGCGAUGUGGAUAUUCGCAAGGAUCUCUACGCCAACACUGUAUUAUCCGGAGGCAGCACCAUGUACCCAGGCAUUGCUGACCGGAUGCAGAAGGAAAUCAUAACCUUGGCACCCAGCAACAUGAAAAUCAAGAUCAUAGCUCCCCCAGAGAGGAAGUAUUCUGUUUGGAUUGGGGGCUCCAUCCUGGCCAGCCUGUCCACAUUCCAGCAGAUGUGGAUCAGUAAGCAAGAAUAUGAUGAGGCUGGUCCUCCUAUCGUUCACAGAAAAUGUUUCUGAAUGGGCUUCCAUAUUAAUGGCUUUACAUUUUCCCUUUUCCUAGGUCAUAGUGAUGGUACUGCUUUUAUCCAUUUUCAAUAGAAUCAAGGUAAAUAUUUCACUCUUCCUAGGGUAUAAACCAGCAAACCUAUCUCUCUAUCCAAGUAUCCUGGGCUCUUACCCAGAUAACCACAUCUGGAUCUCUGUCAAGUGAAGGUGAAUUCUAAUACCAUAUUCUAUUUUCUUCGCCUAUACUGUUCAAAGAUAUGUAGGCCAGCUUAAGUACAUAUAAGUGACAAGGAGUAAAAUCAUGAGAAAUGUCAUUUCAGAAUGGAUAACUAUAAUUUUCAAGCUUUAAAACCUAGUUCUUGCUAAAAUAUUUAACAAGAACAGGCUGUAUAAACUUGUUUAAAAAAAAAAGGUGUAUAUGCAUUUAAAAAGGUGUAUAUGCAUUUAGCAACCAUGUCUUACUAGUUAAAUACCUUUGUUUAGUUUACUUCUUUGCAUGGGGAUAAUGAAUUAUAAAGUUCAAUAAUAUCCAUAUAUACAUACGCACCAGGGAAAUAAAAUAUAUUGUGAAAUAUACUGAUGAAUCUAACUAUCUGAACAGCUAAUGUGAAUUCUUUACUCCCAAAAGUCACCAUUUUAAUAGGUACAUAUUUUAAUUGUUUCCCGUACUAAAAAAGCAUAAUGAGACAGUCACCAUUCCAUUAAUGUUUAUUAAUCAUCUAAAUUUUCAGCUCAUAGUGAAAUUCUGCUGGUCAAACCGUAUUUUAAUAUCUUUCUUAUUGAACCUCCUCAUACCAAAACUACAGACAAUGUCUAAUUCUUAAAAUAGAGAUGGAUGUUAUAGUAUCGAAUUAAUGUCAUUAUGGUACAGUUUGACAGAGGUAAUUUUGUUUCUAUUUCUUAGUAUAAUAGCAUAUCUUAAAUAAUUUCUGUAGACAAUGAUUAUGGGUAUUUCUCUUAUGCAAGGAUUUCACUGUGGGAAAACAUAGCUACAGCAUCUUUAUUAAUUGUACAUUUUACUGCCAGUAUAGUAAUACAAUUUUAUCCUUGGAAAGAUUUUAGAAUAAUUCUAUUUUAUUAUAUCCAGUAACUAGCAAUACUUUAUGCAAAGUGUCUCUGACAUACUAACAUCUUUGAAAAUAUCAGCGUAUCUUCCUAUAACGUCUAAAAUAUUUUAGUUACUCCAGUGGUGAUUUAUCAAUCAAUUUUAAGUACUAGUAUAUUUAUUCCAAUCUAUGCUGCAAUUUCUGAUUUGGAUAUCAGGAUUAUUUGUAUUUUUUAGGGUAAUUUCUGAAAAUUUAAAAUGUUUAUUUGGAUGUCUUAUUCAGGUAUUGCCAGGUUCUCUGGAGGGAGGAAUCACUGUUCUUCUUAGUUGGGAAACUUGUACUUAUGUUAUAAAUCUUUAAAAUUGAAUCAGUAAGAAUUUUUUGUUUAAGAUAAUACUUUUCAAAUAAUUUGAUUAUUCGUUAUUGCCUUUAUCUGACAACAUAAUUUUUAAAAUGCAGGUAACCAAAAUUAAUCUCUAAAAAUACUUUGUUUUAUAUAACUUGGUUUCAGUACAUUAAAAUUGCUUCAUACUUGUAUA